AUGUUUGGAUCAGCUACAGACCACAAGCCAUUAUUAUUCUUCGACAACUUGAAGGAGAAUACAUCUGCAAGGGUUGCUAGGUCAACACUUGCGGUGGAGAUCAUGGAUGACGUUCCUCUUGAAGAAGUUAUUCUAGGUGAGCAGCUGCAAUCAGGCAAGUAUCCGUGGCGAGUCCAAGUCAAACGACAAGAAAGCAGAAAACGUGUCGCUGAAUCGAGCAAUCAUUGUCGAUUCCCACGUUCCAUAACGUCCAAUGGGAUCGUAUUUCGUCCCAACGAACUACUGCUCACUUGUCCACCACCUCCUGACACAUCAGCACCGAAGGCUCGCCAUGUUGGGUUUGGACGUAACACCAAUAAUUCAUGCUGGAUCGAUGUCGUAUUUGAGUUUCUAGCACGUGCUGUGACGCCAGCAAUCAGUGCAGAGCCAAUGCUGGAUAUCAACACGUAUGCAGGUAAUGCGCAGGCUGCCUUGUUCCAUGACCUUUGGGUGGAAGCCCAUCGUGGCGACUUUGUGGGCUGUUUGGAGAUGGCGAGAAAAACCUUGUGGCAAGUAUAUGAAGAAGGCAAGAUGCAGGAUCCACAGGUGGCCUUAGACUGGUUCACAAGGUGGAAAAAGGACGGCGAUGCUUAA